AGAAGCAGAGGCGGAAGUUGGAGGAAUCAUUUGCCUGUAGUUUCCCUAAACAUUGACAGUCAUGGCCGCCUCCAUUGCCAGUCUGCUGGAUGAAAUCUCCGGUGCUGAAGACCCAGUUGAAGAGCUGCAGGUUUUAAAAACGGCUUUAUUAUCGAUACCUGUCAGCGCCUUGAGAGACGCAGUGAGCGGACAGCGGUUCAACGUGAUCUUCUCUCUUUUAAACUCAAAUCAGAGGGAGCAGGUUGAGCUGUGCGUGGACAUCCUUGAACGCAUCCUAGUGGCCCUCAGCCCUGUGAGCCUGGUCCAGAACUACAGAGCGGAGCUGCAGGCUGGUCUGACCCAUCCCAACGAAACCGUUAAGAUACUUGCUUUGACACAGAUCGGCAGAAUAGUGGAGCAUCCCGACGCUGUCACUGAAAUCCUCAACAACCAUGACAUUCUUCAAGCCGUGAUUCAGUGCAUCGGAGAAGACAAGAUGUCUGUGGCAAAACAGGCCAUCCAGUCGUUGUCUAAAGUGAGUCACUCCAAGCCCGGGUUGGACAAAUUAUUCCAGAGCGACCUGCUGAAAGUUCUGAAGGAUGUGAUGGCCACGAGUGACAUCAUCAGAUACAGAAUAUAUGAGCUGGUGGUGGAAAUCUCGUCUGUGUCUCCCAUUUCCCUCGGUUACUGUGCCAACAGCAGCUUAAUUUCUCAGCUGCUUGGAGAACUGGCUGGGGAUGACGUCUUGAUCAGGGCCACAGCUAUUGAGAUGGUGACCACUCUUGCCCACAGUCAGCAUGGCCGGCAGUAUCUGGCCCAGCAGGGUAUCAUGGACAAGAUCUCCAACAUGAUCAGAGGAGCAGAGACCGACCCCUUCUCCUCCCUCUACCUUCCUGGUCUGGUGAAGUUUUUUGGAAAUCUGGCCAUUAUGGACAGUCCACAGCAGGUUUGUGAAACCUACCCGGCCUUUCAGAACAAGGUGUUUGAGAUGGCUCUAGACCCGGAUCCCGUGAUGAUCGGUGUGGCUCUGGACACUUUGGGUUUACUCGGAUCCACUGUGGAGGGGAAGCAGGUCCUUCAGAAAACAGGAGAAAAGUUCAAGGCUGUGUUGUCAAGAAUGAGCCAGCUUGCCAGCUCUGGAGCUACAGAGCUCAGAGUGCGCAGCUUGGACGCCAUUUCACAACUUCUCACCUUACAGCCAGAGCAGCAGACAGAAGACCUGUUGGCCCUGACAGAGUCCUGGUUCCACCUUUUGUCCAACCAGCCCAUGGACAUGAUUUGCAGCAUUAGCAGUCAGCCGUUCCCAGAGCUGCACUGCGGGGCUCUGAGGAUAUUCACUGCCGUUGCCACUCAGCCAUGGGGUCAGAAGUUAAUGAUCAGCACGCCCAGCUUCAUGGAGUUCGUGUUGGACCGUUCGACGGGUCAGACGAAGGAGGCCAAAGACGCCAAGUUUGAACUGGUGGGAGCACUGGUGUGUUCCUCCACAGCAGCAGACAUCCUGGGCAGCCAGCAUUACAUCCGUCUGAAGACUUAUCUCAGAGAGGGACCCUACUACGUUUCAGCUGUGGCCUCGGUCAGCACAGAAGGAGCCGACUGAUUGAAACACGCUCACAUGGGUUUUCAGUUCAUGCUUACGUAACGGAGAAGUGCCUGAAUGAUCCAACAGCAGGUUUACAUGUUAAACUCUGCUUUAAUAGUAAAUACAUGAAUAUGUCUAACCGACGAGCUCAGUUUGUCACAACUUCCAUAAUUCUGUCUGACCAAACUUCUUUUGAGUGUUCAGUGUACAAACUAAAACAUUAACUCGUUAAAGGGCGCUUUUAGUACUGGUUGGUAUUUGAAACCAAAGGCAGGCUUUUUUGAUAGAACAUUAAAUAUCUCAUCGUCGGCUUCAGUCUUCAAUGUCUGUCUGUGAUAACUCGUGUUUACUUACUGAGUCUCCAGCAGUUACUACUCAAGCUUUAACUGAAGAGGCUUACAAAUGUUUCCCAUCAUCAUCACGUUCAGCAGCUCUCAGAGCAAACAGCCUCCCCAGUCAGACCACAACCCUGCAAGCCCUUCAGAUUUAUUUGUGUCAAAAAUAUUUUUGUUUGCUUAAUACAUUGUUGUUGUUGUUGUUGUUUUUGUAAUUAAAAGAGGAUGCACUCUGACAAA